CCGCUUAGAAAAGCGGGGAUUAAAGUCCAAAACCUGACUUGAAUGAGCCGAGCUAAACAUCCGCGCUUAAAUUGGUUCCAUAACAGUAAAUUGAGGAUCAUGUGAUCUUACUAAUUUGAGUCAGGUUUAAAUAGUCUAGAUAAUUGCGCGUGCACGCCAUUGUUUAAAAGUCCUGAAAAGUCGAGCAUGGGUCAAUCGAUUUACUGUGGGCUACCAUGGCAACAAAAGGAAAAGAUAGAGCAGCGAUGUUCACGGCAACGGAACAGCGUUUGCUAUUGGAAACAUAUGAAGAAUUUAAAGAUGUCAUCACCAAAAAAGGCAAUACAGCGGCAAUAAAUAAAGCAAGAGAGAAAGGUUGGCAGGAAAUUGCUGAUCGUCUCAAUGCCAGCAACUUAAGUGAAGGAAAAAGAACCUGGCAGCAGGUGAAAAUAAAAUAUAAAAAUAUAGUUCAGAAUGCGACCAAAAAGAAGACUGAGGUUGCUGGCACUGGGGGAGGGCCACCACCAGCCAGCUUCACUCCUGCAGAGGAGCUGGCUUUGGAAAUUAAUAAAGGGAGGCCCGUCCUUGAGGGAAUAGAGGGGGGGACAUCAUCUAAAAUUAUAUCACCUAGUAUAAGGAGUGAGUAUAUAAAAGUGACAAAAGAUUCUGUAUGCUUUAUGGAUCCACCAGACAUCAUGUUGCCUGAUGCUGACUCUGUUCUAGAGCCCUCUCAGUCUGGGACCACAUGUGAAAAAAACCCAGAAAACAUAAAAGGAGUGUAUAAACGCUACCUCCUUAAACAAAUGGAAGCGACUGAUAUCGACAUCCAGUAUAAAAAAACUGAAGAUGAGGAAGUUGGAGCUGGAAAUUCAACAGCUACAGAAAAAUGCAAGUAGAACUACCAUUUUUAAAAAAGGAAAAGAAAAAAAAAACAUUACCUUUUUGAUCACUUUCCACAACAUUUAUUUGUGUUUUCACCCCUAACAGGCAGAUUCACUCUGAAUAAAGACAAAUCACAUUAAAUACUUUGACUUCUGUGUGUUUGUUCAACUAAGGAGAAAGUUGAGGGGCCAGUGGAAAAUUUUAAA